AUGUCGGCUCGAGCGUCGGCUUUCCGCUUAUUGGAACAGUACUUCGAGGCGGACAUGCUGACACUUGACCAGUUGCAGUUCCACAAGGAGAAAUACGCCAAACUGCACUCGUGUGUAUUGGCAACAUACAAACACGAGAAACAACUACUGAAAGAGGCUAAAGCACUCAAUCGUGACCUCCUCGGAGAGAAGAUUCAGGUCGAGAAGCAGGCGAUUCGCAAGGCCGAAGAAGUUGCUGCGUUCUCGUCUGUAGAACGCGAGAAGGACCGAGCAUUAAAGGAGCUAGCCGAAGCAGUAGACCGUGAUGCAGUCCUUGCCUUUGAAAUAACUGAACUACAACGAGAAUACGCCGACCUCGUGGCCGAAAAGGAGGCCAUUCUAGCUGCUCACGCACAACUCAUUGAGCCUGAAGUAAAGCAGCUAACGAUCGAGAUUGCAGGACUCGCUGAGGAAACUCAUCGCUUGGAUAGCGAACUAUCAAAGGACACACAGCGCAAGAAAGAAUAUCUGGCACGACUUGACUUCCUACACCAAGAAAACACUCGUCUUGAGCAGACCAGCGCUGCUGAACUUAAGCGUCUGCAUCACCUUCAAGGGGAUCCUGACCGGAUGCAAAAACAAGCAGAUGUAGUUGCACGAGCAGUGGCAGCUUUGGAUAAAGAGAGCAAUAAGGAUAAAGCGCGCGCUGGUGAGUUACAAGCUGCUGCUGACUCUACAGCAGCAAAGCUACGCGACGCCGAUGAAGUCCAUCGUGAACUUGCACAGAAAUUGGACGUGCAUCGAGAAACGAUCGACCAACGACAACGAGACGUAGAUCACGUCACAUUACACCUUCGAGAAGAGCAGAAUGUCAACGUCAUGAGGCUUGGAGAGAAGACUCGUCUUGAUAUUCGCGCUAAGGCUUUAGAACUAGCCACCCGUCGUGAAAACGAACGGUGUACAAAGGCACAAAAAGACUAUGACCGCUUGAAACGCGAGCUCAAGAAACAGAUUCUCCAACUAGACAGUAGCAAGGCAUUACUACCGAAUCUUCGCGCUCAAGUAGUUGAUGUACAGCAUCAAAUAUCAUCUCUUCGCUCGGAAAACAAAGACCAAGCACAGCGUCAACUGGAUGUGAAGCAACAGGUAGAUCUACUAAUUGCUCGGUUCUUAAAGCAAGAAGAUGGGGAUAAACUCCAAAGCGAAGAGCUUGAAGCUCUAUCAGCUCAAGUGGCCGAACUUGAAGCGGAAGUUGCCCAAUGGUUAGUCGAGGAAAGUAAACAGAAAAAACUGGUGACAAUGCUCACUGCACAACGCGAACUGAAGGCUCGUGAAGCCACUUCGGCGUUAAACUCGGAGCGGCAAACGCAACAGGAGCUUAAAACCAAGGAGCUCGUGAUUUUUGACUUAGCAAAGAAGUGGAACGAGACGACAAACCACUUGCGUGAAUUCUCGGCAUUAUACGACGUCGUCAAGAACGAACGCAACAAAUAUGUGAAUCUCAUUCAGGCUUCGACGCAAGCACUAGCUGAAAUGAAAGAGAAGAUCAAGAUUCUUAACAACGAAGUAGAAGUGCUUCGAAACGAAUCACUAGCGAAGGAUAAGGCGCUUGUGAAGGAAAAACUAGCGCAUUCAACAGCGCAAUGCUCGCGUGACUCGCUGCGUCUCGACACUAACAAGUCGCACGAUGCAUAUCGAACGAAACAGGAACAAGUUGAGCAACAAAUUGUUGAAAUUGACAAGCUCAAUGGGAUCAUAACGCACACGGAGAAGGAAUUGCUACGUCUAAAGAAAAAGUACGAGCUCGCAGUGGAUGCACGCAACGGCACUGGUGUGCAGCUCAUUGAUCGCAAUGACGAGUUGUGCAUUCUCUAUGAAAAAUCCAAUCUGCAAGAACAAGCUUUAAAUUCUGGUGAGACGGGCUUGUCACGCAAAGAUCAAGAGAUCCGAGUGCUUAAAAUCGAGCUCGCUGACCUCCAGCGUCAGCUUGAAAAUGCUCGACGACAGCUACCACAUCUACCUGAGCUUGCGCAACGUAUCUUAUUGUUGCAAGAAGAUCUCAAGCAAGAGAAAGACGUGACGGAAUUGCUCUGUCGCGAUCUGGAAACCCCAAAGAACAGCGAUCGAUGGCGUUCUCUUGGUGGUGAGGACCCCGAUGAAGAUCAGCUCACCGCUAAAUUAGCGUAUCUGGAGGAUCGAUACCACCAUAAGAAGGAGAAAUUGCUAGAGAAAGAACUGGUGUUAGAAGAAGUCACUGGUCUCUCCAAUAAGCUUCGAACGCAGGCCUCUGCACGUCGUGGCGAGACUUUAGAACUGGCUAAACGAGUGAACGAUUUCCAAGGUCGAAUCAAGGAGACUACACGUCGCAUGAUGGCUGUUGUCUCGGAGCUAUCAAUGUAUCAAGCUACAGCAAUGAAACUCCAACAAGAGAAACAUGACGCUUUUGUUGAUGUUGAGGACUGCCAAAAGCGCGCACUUGCAGGCUACGCACCAAACGCAUAUAGCGAGCAGCAACUAGUGCGAUUACAAGCUCAAAAGCUACACAACAACGAAACUCGGGCUGCAAAAGAGAUGGCAAAAGCUGCAGCUGCACAUGCUGCCAACUUCCCGUCUCAGUUCACGUAUACAACCGCAGAAGCUCGACCGAAUGCUUAUAUUCCAGAUGACCUGGGAAUCCCAAAGCCAUACGGGCAACAGGCACCUUUCAAGCCUACGGAACAAGGAACAACGAUGCGUCAUAUCCGUGUGCCGCAAAAACGGGAUAUCGAGAUCUAG